AAUCAAACACAUUAUUCAACCCCUCCUUCUCCAUUGACUUCAUUUCCCCCGCCCAAUUGCUAGUUUCAUUUCUUCUUCUUCUUCUUCUUCUUCUUCAACUUCCCCUUUCAUUUCAGCUCAACAACUCACAAUCCAUAUUCUCUCUCUCCAACCGCACUUCUUCUGCUUCUUCAAUCAUGGCGCAGAAAUCUUUGAUUUACAGUUUCGUUGCUCGAGGAACUGUGAUUCUCGCCGAGCACUCCGAUUUCACCGGUAACUUCACUAAUAUCGCUUUUCAAUGCCUCCAACGACUUCCUGCUUCGAACAACAGGUUCACUUAUACCUGCGAUGGCCAUACUUUCAAUUACCUUCUCAACGAUGGAUUCACAUAUUGUGUAGUUGCAGUUGAGGCUGCAGGAAGACAAGUUCCAAUGGCGUGUCUUGAGCGAAUAAAAGAAAACUUCGAUAGAACAUAUGGUGGAGGAAAAGCAUCAGUUGCUGUUGCCAAGAGUCUGAACAAGGAAUUUGGACCUAAAAUGAAGGGUCAUAUGCAAUACUGUGUAGAUCAUCCUGAAGAAAGCAGUAAGCUAAUGCAAGUGAAGGCUCAGGUUUCUGAUGUAAAAGCUGUAAUGAUAGAGAACAUUGACAAGAUUUUGGAACGAGGUACUAAGAUCGAAGACUUGGUAGAUAAGACCGAGAAUCUUCGUUCACAGAUUUGUGCAGGUGAGAUAUGUAAGUUAAAUUCAUAUCGCAAACCUCUCUAUGCGACGAGUCAUGGUCACUGCAUGGAAGAUGUUCACUAUGUCUCUAGGUCAUAUGUAGUAAAAGCCUUUGUCAAGUCACAUCAACUCCAACUACCAUUCUUGUUUGCUAGUGAAUCCCGAUCGCGUGAUGAUGUGGUUCUUCACCUAGAGAUGUUAUUCGCCAGGCUAAAGAAUUCCAGACAAAUGGGAACCAAAUAAAGAAGAAGAUGUGGUACCAAAAUAUGAAGAUAAAAUUGAUAGUGUUCGCUAUCCUCAUUAUCUUGGCUUUGAUCAUCGUUUUGUCCAUUUGCCGUGGUUUUAACUGCUAAAACCCUAUGACCACCAUGCUCUAAACAUUCAAAAUUAUUAUUGUCCCAAAUGCCAUAAUUGCAUGCUGCCUUUGCUGUUUAUGGCUGAGGGCUUUUGUUUUUUCAGGUCUAUUUUAUUAUUGUAUAGUUGCUUUAAUUUGGAUUGAUUUAAUGGCUUCGUGUUUAUGGUUAAAGUAUAUAGCUACACAAUUUGUAAGAAUAGAAUUUUAUAAAGUAGAUGAUGAUCAAUAAUUUUAUUA